GAAGAUUUGUUGAACAUGGAUGCCAAUGGCGUAGCCCUCUUCUGCAAUCGAGUAGCCUCAAAUGGAAUUCAUCCGACACCGUCCCAAAAAUUUCGCCAUAAAUUAUUCGGCUUAGGAUAUGGCUGCUUUCUCAAUUGUCGUGAAUCAAAGAAGCCAAUGGUAGCCCCUAGAGGAAGAGGAUGAUGAUAAUGGGAACAUCAGGGCAUUCCCUGUUUGGUUUCCUGCUCAGUUGCUUGGCAUUGGCUUUUCUACUUCUUGUUCAAGCUCAGGAUCAGUCAGGCUUCAUUAGUUUAGACUGUGGAUUACCAGAGGGUACUAGUUACACCGAAAAGACGACCAAAAUUAACUAUGUUUCUGAUGCAUCCUUCAUAAACACUGGGGUUAGUCGAAGUGUAGAUUCGGCAUAUGGAGAUUCAGAUAUGUAUGAAAUGCAAUUGAAGAAGCUGAGAAGCUUCCCUGAUGGAAUCAGAAACUGUUACAAUAUAAGCAUUAUAAGGGCCACUGAAUACUUGAUUCGAGCAAGUUUCUUGUAUGGAAAUUAUGAUGGUCUGGAUUCGCCACCGAUGUUUGAUAUCUACAUUGGGAAUAGCUUAUGGGAGACAUUAAACGUAACUGGAAAUGAUAUGGGUGUUUCCAUAGAACUUAUACACGUAACCUCCUCAGAUGAAUUUCACAUCUGUCUGAUCAAUACUGGAAAUGGAGUACCAUUUAUUUCUGCAUUGGAAUUUAGACCUUCGCCCAACAUCACUUAUUAUACACCAUCAGCAUCCUUAUCAGUUUUCGAUCGAUUGAACUUCGGUUCAGCAGAUGGUCAAAAUUACAGAUUUCCUUUGGAUGUUUAUGACCGCAUCUGGUCAACAUUUAACUCUAAGGAUUGGACACGAGUAAGCACCAAUAUUACUGUAGAUGUUAGUGGGGGCGAAACUUUCCAUCUUCCAUCCAUUGUCAUGAAUACUGCCUCCACUCCAAAGGAUGCGAGCACGACUCUGGAGAUUUCAUGGGAUACAAUAGAUUCAUCUCGAUACCUUGUACUUAUGCACUUUGCUGAACUUGUGAUUCCUCAAGUCAAUCAAAGCAGGGAGUUUAAUGUCUGGCACAAUGCACACUUUUAUUCAGGAACUAUAAUUCCAAAAUAUUUGUCUUCGAUGACCGUUUUGUCUCCACGACCAUUGGAGGCAGCAAGUAGUCAUUUACUUUCUUUCAUUCCAACUGAGAAUUCGACGCUUCCUCCUAUCAUCAAUGCUUUUGAAUUAUAUGGGAUGAAAGAAAUAUCAGAGUUAGAAACAGAGCAAGGAGAUGUGGAUGCAAUUACCAAUAUUAGGUCAAAUUAUGGAAUAAAGAAGGAUUGGCAAGGCGAUCCAUGUGUGCCAAUGGAAUACACUUGGAGUGGAUUAAAUUGUAGUAACAAAACUGCUCCAAGAAUCAUAUCCUUGGACAUAUCUGGAAGUGGACUGAUAGGUGAGAUAUCUUCUUACAUAUCAAAUAUAACCAUGUUGCAAAUUCUGGAUUUGUCCAAUAAUGGGUUGACUGGAGAGAUACCGGAAUUCUUAGUAAAUUUGCCUAAUCUAAGAAUCCUUUCUUUAACCAGAAACAAGUUCACAGGCUUAAUUCCCAAGGUUCUCUUGCAAAGAGCUGAAGCUGGAUUGCUUACAUUAAGUGUGGGUGAAAAUCCAGAUCUUUGUACAUCACUUAAAUGUGAUAACAAGAAGAAGAAGAAGAAAAAGAGGAACAAGUACUUGGUUCCUGUAAUUCUCGCCAGCAUAAUAGCUGUGUUCCUACCUAUCCUUAUAAUUACUCUAGUAAUCUACAAAAGGAGAAGACAAAGAGAGAAUCUCAAACGAUCAAUCCAAGAAAGGUUACUUAAGUCGAAGAACCAACAAGUUCAUUACUCUGAGAUAUUGGUUAUCACAGAUAACUUUAAGACAACUCUUGGGGAAGGAGGGUUUGGAAAAGUAUACUUGGGUGUACUGAGUGAUAAAACCCAAGUUGCUGUCAAGUUGCUGUCUUCAAUAUCACAGCAAGGCUACAACGAAUUCCGAGCUGAGGCUCAAAUACUAACAGUUGUUCAUCAUAGAAAUCUGGUUUCUCUUGUUGGUUACUGUGAUGAAGCUGAGAAUAAGGCACUCAUUUAUGAAUUCAUGUGUAACGGAAAUUUAGGCAAUCAUCUAUCUGAUACAAGCGCAAAGGUGUUGAGUUGGAUGGAAAGACUCCAAAUUGCAGUUGAUGCAGCACAAGGAUUAGAAUAUUUACACAAUGGUUGCGUGCCUCCCAUCAUUCACAGAGAUAUUAAGUCUUCUAAUAUCCUAUUGAAUGAAAAAAUGCAAGCUAAAAUAUCUGAUUUUGGACUGUCUAGAGUAUUUGCAAAUGAAAAUGAUACUCAUUUCUCCACAUGUCCUGCUGGCACCUUCGGUUACGUCGACCCUACGGUUCAUUUAUCCAGAAACUUCAUCAAGAAAAGCGACGUUUACAGCUUUGGAAUUAUAUUGCUUGAGCUGAUCACUGGACAUCCUGCCAUAAUCAAGAGCUCUGAAGUGAACACUCACAUAGUUGAUUGGGUUAAGCCUCUGAUUUCCGAAGGGAACAUCGAAAACAUUGUCGAUCCAAGGUUAGAAGGCUCUAUUGAAAGUUGUUCUGCAAGGAAAUUUGUGGAGCUUGCUCUAUCAUGCACAUUGCCAACUUCAGCUGGAAGGCCGGACAUGAGUGAUGUGGUGUUGCAACUCAUUGAGUGCUUGGAGAUUGUUCAAGACAGAACUCCACCAAUUCCACCUAACAAUGCUGAGAACUUCUCACACAAUUCAAUUGGCUCUGUUUCAUUUGUUGGUCCCAGAAUUCGAGCACAAAAGUCUCGAGUUGGAUGGAAAGACUCCAAAUUGCAGUUAAUGCAGCACAAGGAUUCCCCAAGCGCAUGCACAGCACAGGAGAAGGAGAUGGGUGCGUUUAUGUGGUUUGUUUGUGCAAUAUUUUUAGCCUUGCCCAGCUCCAAUGCGGCUCAACAACCCAUCGCCGCCGCCUCCGCCGCCGCCACGAUAUUCCCGGCGAUACUCACUUUCGGCGACUCCGCCUUGGAUGUGGGUAACAACAACAACCGGUUCACCCUGUUCAAGGCCAACUACCAUCCUUAUGGUCGGGACUUCAUCAACCAUAAGCCCACCGGCAGGUUUUGUAAUGGAAAACUCGUUUCUGAUAUAACUGCCGAAAACCUCGGUUUUGAGAGCCACCAACCGGCGUAUCUCAGCCCAGAGGCUUCCGGCCGGAAUCUUUUAAUCGGAGCCUGCUUCGCCUCCGCCGCCGCUGGCUACGAUGAGCAAGCUUCAAUUUCCAAUCGUGCGAUUACUUUGGCUCAGCAGUUGUCUAAUUACAAAGAGUACCAAAGCAAGGUGGCUAUGGUGGCCGGCCGUGAGAAAGCGGCCGCCAUUGUUAAAGAUGGAUUGCACAUACUGAGCUGCGGUACCAGCGACUAUCUCCAGAAUUAUUACACAAAUCCGGCGGUUCGUAGACGGUUCACUCCCGAUCAGUACUCCUCUUUCCUUGUUGCUUCCUUAUCCAAAUUCAUCAAGGAUUUACAUGGGCUAGGAGCAAGGAAAAUUGGGGUCACCUCAAUGCCUCCAUUAGGUUGUUUCCCUGCUGUACUCACUCUGUUUGGUUACCAACAACAAAAGGGUUGUGUCCGAACAAUCAACAAUCAUGUCCUAGUUUUCAAUAGGAAGCUCAAUUCUACUGCUGCAACUCUUCGCAAGCAGCUUCCUGAUCUCAAACUCGUAGUCUUCGACGUUUUCAAUCCUUUGUAUGAUGCUAUUAUGUCUCCAUCGAGCUAUGGAUUUGAUGAAGUGAGAAGAGGCUGCUGUGGCACUGGGGCGGUGGAGACGGCCUCGGUUUUGUGCAAUCCAAAAUCUCAUGUAACAUGUUCUAAUGCGACCAAAUAUAUGUUCUGGGACAGUGUUCAUCCAUCUCAGGCUGCCAACCAGAUACUUGCUGAUGCUAUGCUUGUCCAAGGCUAUGCUCUCAUCUGACCAUCACCGUAUGAACUGUUUUAGUUUCACUGUUUUUCCAAAUGUUUCUGGAUUAUCCCCAUUUGUACUAGUUAUUGUGUAGUAAUCUUGGGACAGCUGAUAAAGAUUUGAUAUGCAUUUGAUUGUAUUCAGUACCAAAACAUUGGAUCAACUUGAUGCAAGAACAAGGGCUGAUAGAAUUAAGUAUUCCUUGAGAUUCAUUGAA